ACUAGUUCUGCAACGUUAUUAUUUAAAUAGCCGGAGAUUGACAAAAAUAUUCAUUCAUAAUUUUUAAAAAAUGAUGUUCAUCCUUAUCGUUUCCCUAAUUUUGACAUGGUUAAUUGUAAGGCAAUACCAAAAAGUCUCAAGAUUACCACCAGGACCAGUUUCUCUCCCACUAAUUGGGAAUCUACCCCAAAUUGUGUAUUACCUUUGGACAACUGGUGGUAUUGUAUCGACUCUUGACCUUUUCAGAAAAAGAUAUGGAAACAUCUUCACCUUGUGGGUUGGCCCUGUUCCACACGUGAGCAUUGCCGAUUAUGAGACUUCUUAUGAAGUUUUUGUGAAGCAGGGUAACAAGCUUGCUGAUGUUGCUCAUUCUCCGGUGCUCAAGGAGUUCAGCCGUGGUGUCGGCCUUAUUCGAUGCAAUGGAGAGCACUGGCAAGUGAUGAGACGUUUCGCACUGCAAACCUUUAGAAAUAUGGGCUUCGGGAAGGAGCCGAUGGAAAUCAAGAUCAUGGAGGAGCUGGAUGCAAGAUGCGCUGAAAUUGACCAGGCUUCCAUAAAUGGGGUCACAGUCACUUCGGCAUCAGAAUUUUUUGAUUUAACGGUGGGAAGUAUCAUUAACAGCAUGCUCGUUGGAACACGAUUCGAGGAUCACAAUAAGCAAGAAUUUUUGGACAUUAAAAACACUAUGGAGGAGUCAAUUGGAAUGUUUUCACCGUUUGAUCUGACAAUGCCGGUUUGGAUUAUGAAAUCGUUUUUCCGGAAAAGAUAUGACUUUCUUGUUGGUGCUCAGGAAAGCGCAAGAGUUCUGGUUGCAUCAGAGGCAUUGAAAAGAUAUGACGAUAUCAAGUCAGGAAAGUAUGUGAUUGACGAGAAUAACUUGCAAGAUUACACAGAUGCGUUUCUGCUGAAAAUUGUGAAAGGAGAAGACGAGAAAAAUUUUAACAUUCAAGCACUCAAAACUAUGCUCUAUGACUUGUGGCUGACUGGUCAAGAAACCACGACAGUAACUUUACUCUGCGGAUUUAAUCACCUUCUUGCACAUCCAGAGGUUAUGGAUAAGGCAAGAGAAGAGCUCCUGAAGAUCACAGAAAACAGAGCCCGGUCUUUAAGUCUUUCUGAUCGUCCAACAACUCCAUAUCUGAACGCAAUGAUCGGAGAAAUUCAACGUCACGCGUCAAUUCUUAAUGUGACAUUUUGGAAGAUCAAUAAGGAACUCACAUAUAUGGGUGGCCAUCCUGUGGACUCUGGAGCUGUCGUUACAGCUCAGCUCGGCGCUUUGCACGUAAACGAUACGAUUUUCAAAAACCCGAGAGAGUUCGAUCCAGAAAGAUUUAUUCGAGAUGAUACAUUGCUUCAAAAGGUUAUCCCAUUCGGAGUUGGAAAGAGAAAUUGCCUGGGAGAGUCUCUUGCAAGAUCGGAGCUAUAUUUGAUACUUGGAAAUCUACUUCUCCGAUAUAAAUUUGAGCCACAUGGCAAGUUAUCAACAGAGGAGACAAUGCCGUACAGUAUUGCAAAGAGAGCGUUCAACUUGGAAAUGAAAUUUGUUAAAAUUUAAAGGAAUUCACAGCUCAAAAAAUAAUAACUACCGGUUCAGAGAUUUUAGUAAAUAAAUUUGUUUAAUGGUUGCUUUGUAUUGCAGAUUUUGUUGUUCUCUACUAAAAAAACUCUCUUUUCUCAUUUUUUAUUUGUUUUUACAACACAGCUGAUAAAUUUUUUGGAGCUCCUCA